ACACUAAAGUCACUUCUCUCACUCCUCUCUCACGCCCAGCAUCCUCGACCCAUUCCUGACCGGCGCCACGCCACGUUCUCCGACCGGCGCCGUCUCAGCAGCAGCAGAGGGCGGCACAGCAGCAGCGGCAAUCUUGCGUCGACACAGAUAAGAAGAAGAAGAAGCAAAAAUGGGAGGUAAAGGGAAGAAGAGAAGAGAGAAGAAUUACAGGGCAGCUCAUGGAGGCACUACUAGACUUCCUCCCCCACCCAACACCUCUUCUAUUGAUGCCAUUCCCUCCAAGCUCCGUCAAAUUAUGGCCUUUUCAGGGGAUGGGAAAGGUUCAUUGGAUAAUGCAGACAGGAAGAAAGGAGAUAGUGGUGGUAGUGCUAAUGGAAAGAGGAUACAUUCAGACAAUCAAGUUCAAGCUAAAACUGUGGGUAACAAACGGAAAGAUGACAAAAGCAGUUUGAGUGGUGUUGGAGAUGAAGAAAGUAAUGCACAUCAGAAGAGAAAUAAAAAGAGAAAAAGGAAGGAAGUGAAGGACCUUCGGUUUGAUACAACUGAACUGGGCAUUACUAGUUCAAAGAGAAAGGAGCGAAAGAAACAGCGUUUGGCAGAAAUGAAGAAGAAACAUAAAAAGGCCAAUACUGAUGAACACAUGGAUUUUCCUGGCCGUGAAGAAAUAAAAUUUGGUGAAGUCGUUGAAGCUCCACCUAAGCUUGCAGUUCCAAAGGCAUUCAAGAGUAAUGCACAUGAUGCUUCAAAAGAAAGACUUCGAUUGCAAGCAGUUGAGGCCUAUAGGCAGCGGAAAGGAUGGACAUCAAGACUCGGGCUUCAGAUUUCUCCACCAAUCACCGAGACUCCAUUGUUGUAGUUAUCUCAGAAACAACUAGUUGGAUGGGUGCCAUGCAAAAUAUCUACAGUAAGAAAAAUGAGGAAGAAGGAUCUGUAGUUCAGCAGGAAGAAUGACUUGUCUUCAAGUCCUCGUCAUGUUGCUAGCUGAGAUCCUGCCAGAAAUUUCGGAAUAUAUCUGAAUCUUAUCGCAUUAUGUAACGACUCUUUCGCAGUUUUACCAUAGGCUACUUAAAACACAGCAGCACUUCAUAAUCUUGUCCAUCCAACAAACAAAUUGGAUGGACGAUAUGUCAUGUUAUUCAUUUUCCAUUGCUAUAUUGUUGCCGAAAUUCUCCACAACGAUAUUCGGAGUCCCACAGUUGUAUGAGUUACCUUCAUUACUAAUUCUAUUUACAAGGAACAUGCAUA